UCUCUGCUCCAGGUGUGUGUGUGUGUGCAUGCGUGUGUUUGUGCUGACUUGUACUGGUGUGUGCGUGUGUUUGUGCUGACUUGUUCUGCCUAUAAUAAAGUGUAUGAAUUGCCAAUUAAUCUGAUUUGACUCCUUGCAAAGAAAAUUGGCAGUAUAAUUGGGUAUUUUUCAGUCAUCAAAGUUUUCUUUCAAGGUGCUAUUACGUAUUUUUCUUUACAAAGUAGGAAUCCGUUCCUACAUAAGAACCAGCGCCGAUAUACAACGGAUCUUGUGCAUGCGACUGAAACAAUAAGCUGAAGAAAGACGUUGAAUUGCCGUGAUUACUGAAGAUAACGGUACCCGGGAGCUCUGUUUCCGGUUCGGUGGGGGAAACGGUGCAAGGAGACGCCGUUUCACAUCCUUCAGCUUUUGUGCACAGCGUCUCAGGAGAAACGGGAGAACGGGUAGAUACAUUUGAAUUACGAGAAUCAAGGUCUUACAGAAGGUUUGCUUCUCGCCGGGGUGUCGCUGUUCAUAAUGCUGACUGAGAAUGGACGCCCCUGAGUACCUGGACCUCGACGAGAUCGACUUCACCGACGAUUUAGUCUACUCUGUUACCUCUCUGAAGAGCAUUCCGGAGCUUUGUCGCAGAAAUGAGUCUCAAAGUGAAGAUAGGCAAGUCCCCGCUAUAAACUGGAGCCGCGGCGUGUCGUCGCAUGGCGGCAACGGGAUCAAACCCGCCGGCAUCGCCGACGUGCACAGCAAGUUCCGCCCGGUUAAGAGGGUGUCGCCGCUGAAACACCAGCCCGAGGUGCCGGACAGCGGGGCGGACGCCAAGAGCCAGAGCCAAAAUGGCGACGGGAGCAAAGAGGAGGCCUCGGACAAGCCCUCCCGAGCGGGCGAGCCGUCCGCCGAGGGGCGGGGCUUCAAGGGCAAGGGCGGCGGCGGCGGCGGGGGCGGGCCGCUGUUCGGGGAGCUGGAGCACUACGACCUGGACAUGGACGAGAUCCUGGACGUGCCCUACAUCAAGUCCAGCCAGCAGGUGGCCACCCUCCCCCGCGCCGCCGCCCGGACAAGAGGGGGGGGCGCGGGCGGCGGCCCCGGGGAGCGGGGCAUGGGGGGCAAGGCGUCCGGGCCCCCCCACCACGGCGAGAGCCUGGGGGGCGUGAUGCCCUACUGCGCCCUCUCCCCCGUCAAGUGGCCUGACAUCAGGAAGUCCAAGUCCAUGGACCCGGACUUCCUGCGGCAGCCGCCGCUGGGCCUCGAACUCUCCCAGGGUCCCCGCGGCUGCCCGCCGCCGUCAGCCGACGCGGAGCCGCCCGCCAGAGCGUUCCCCGAGCCCCGCCCCCACAAGGCCCUCGGGGACAUUCCGGGGAGCCAGUCCAUGAACUUCCCCCUGCAGGGGUGCUCCUCGGCCCGGGCGGAUGGCGGCCGGAGCUGGGGCGGCUCCAGGGCCCACGGGGAGGUGGACGAGGAGGCCAAGAAGGUCCAGAACAUCAUCAACACCAUCCGGGGAGGACAGAUCUCCCUGCUGCCUCACCUGGCGGCGGACAACCUGGAGCUGAUCCGGGACGAGGACGGGAACAACCUGCUGCACAUCUCGGCGUCGGAGGGCCACGCCGACUGCCUGCAGCACCUGACCUCGCUCAUGGGCGAGGACUGCCUGAACGAGCGCAACAGCGAGCAGCUCACCCCCGCCGGCCUGGGCAUUAAGAACGGACACCUGGAGUGCGUGCGCUGGAUGGUGAGCGAGACUGAGGCCAUCGCCGAGCUCAGCUGCUCCCGCGAGCACCCCAGCCUGAUCCACUACGCCGCGCGCUACGGACAGGAGAAGAUCCUGCUGUGGCUGCUGCAGUUCAUGCAGGAGCAGGCCAUCUCCCUGGACGAGGUGGACCAGAGCGGGAACAGCGCCGUGCACGUAGCCGCCCAGCACGGUCACCUGGGCUGCAUACAGACCCUUGUGGAGUACGGCUCCAACGUCACCAUCCAGAACCAGCACGGGGAGCGGCCUUCCCAGAGUGCCGAGCGGCAUGGGCACACCACCUGCUCGCGCUACCUGGUGGUGGUGGAGACGUGCAUGUCGCUGGCCUCCCAGGUGGUGAAGCUCACCAAGCAGCUCAACGAGCAGACCGCGGCGAAGGUGACGCUGCAGAACCAGGUGCAGCAGCUGCUGCUGGACUCGCCGCGCGGGGACGGCUCGUCCUCGCCGACCGCCAGUGGCCACGCCGCCCACAUGGAGGCGUGGCCUGAGAUGACCCUGACGGCGGAGGCGGGGCCGGGGGACGGGCACUGGGUGCUGCGGCAGCGGGACGUGGACUCGGACACGGUGCUCCGGCAGCUCCUGGGCAAGGAGAUCUCGGAGAAGGUGUGCACCUCGGAGCGGCUGUCCCUGGAGUUCCGGGGGGCGGAGGCCCCCGCCGGGGCGGACCCAGGGGUGGCGCUGCGGCGCAUGGGCGUGGUGGAGCGCCGCGAGCUGAAGCUGGCCCGGCUGAAGCAGAUCAUGCAGCGCUCGCUCAGCGAGUCGGACACGGACUCCUACCCGCCCGAGGAGAGGCACGCCCACGGCUCCGCCCCCGGCCCCGCCCACUCCCACAGCUCCGCCCACGGCCCCGCCCCUGGUCCCGCCCCCGGCCCCGCCCGACCCGACAGGCCCCGGCAGCUGGCCGUCGGCGAGGGCGACGAGCCGGCGGCCAGCCUGCACCUGGUGAUGAAGAGGCACGCGCCCUCGUCCGCCGAGCGCAAGCUGGCCUUCGCCCACGGCUCCUCCAAGUCCGCCGACGGGUACAACCCCUCGCCCACGUCCGACUGCAGCGACCCGGACCACGAGCCCAGGGCGGACGCGGCGGCGGCGGCGGGGGGGGACGGGGGGCCCGACGGCGGCGGCGGCGGCUCCCAGAAGAACGCCACCAGCCCCAAAAGCGCGCUCAAGUCGCCCUCCUCCCGGAGGAAGACCUCCCAGAGCCUCAAGCUCAGGGUGACCUUCGACGAGCCCGUCGUCCACAAGGAGGCGCCGGAGGGCGAGGCCCGGGGCGGCCCGGCCAAGGAGGGCGAGAGGGGCGCGGCGAGGACUUCGGCGGGGGGCGAGCCGGGGGAGGCGUGGAAGCGCCCGUUCGGGACGUUCCGCUCCAUCAUGGAGUCGCUGAGCGGGAACCAGAACAGCAACAAUAACAACCCCCACGGCUCCCCCGCCGCCAAAUGCCCCGCGUCCACCCCCAAAUGCCCCGCAUCCACCCCCAAAUGCCCCGCAUCCACCACCAAAUGCCCCGGGCCCGCCGCGUCGCUGAGCUCGCCCGCGAGGAAGACGUCCGAGACGAGAGCCAAUCAGACCAGCGUUGCCAAGUCCAAGAGCAAGACCAGCGCUGUGUAGGAGGACACGCCCACGCUGGACGCACAGGGGCGACUGACCUGGAUGGAGUUCCUAGUGCUCGCCGAAGAUGACCUUUCCCAUCCCACCCGACCGGCAAUCUCAUGUGGGAUUUUUUUAUAUUGAACUAUUUCUGGAUAAUUUCCACUUUUCUGUUUUUCUUUUAUUUUUUCCUAUUAUUAAUUCAGAAUAUUGUAACUGUAAAAGACAAGAAGGAUAACAGUGGAAUGCACAGGGGAUGUAAUUUUUAUUUUGCGUAAAGUGGAUUUUUCUAGGAAGGAGCACUUGAUGUACACUUGCACAAAUGUAUUGGAGCCACUGUAUAUAGUACUCUUUUACACCUAAUCCACCUUUGCAUUUUCUACUGUUAGUUUUUGAUUCAAAGUGUUGCUUAUUACCAGUUACUGUAUUCGUGACCUAUGCAUACUAGUAUGAUUUCAUUUUGAUUGUUACUUUAAACUGUAUUGACUUUUUUUUUUUACACUCCAUUGAGAUCAUUUAACCUUGUGGUAUGCAGUAUGAAGAACUGAGUCUUGGAAAGAGAUUUUACUUUUCCAGUUUGGUGUUUUUUGCAAUGUUAUCGACACUGAAUUCCUGAAGAGCAGGACACAGGCUACGUGAUCAUAACAUAUUUUUUAAAUUAUUGUAGUAAUUAUGUGUGAAGACCGCUGUCCACAGCUCACAGUGGCCACUUAGGAGUUGCGCGUCAUGUGACGUGUGUGAAACCUCAACAUUGCACUCUGCAAUAUAUAAAACUGCAAAAAUAUGCAAAGUCAACAAUGCUGCAAUACGAUUGGUUCACUGUGGUCGUUUUUAGUAUCUUAAAAAAAAAAAAAAAAAAAAAACUGAACAGCAUUAUGUUACUGUUUAUACAUUUCGUUGUCUCAUUUCCAGUUUGGGAAUCGGAAGAAUAACUAAAUGCAGACCCGUUGUGGUUGCUCCCCCCCCCCACCUCCCCCAAUUAUUGAAGCCGCUGUCAGAGGUUCACCCACCGGAUUGAAAGGACAAGCAUUUAUACCUUCAGGUACCACUGGGUCUCGGAUCAAUCUCUUAGGCAUUGAUGCCAAAGAUUGAUGCUUUCAAUUAAAUGAACAUGUACACACACCGCAACAAGAAAUACCGAAACGUUCAAAAUACAAACAAAACACUGUAUUCAGUCCCUGCUGUCAGUCUUCAUGCUGAGAUUAUGUAUCUUAACCCUUCACUCAAAUUAUGUCACAAUAGAUUUUAAUAAAUCUAGCCUACAGGUAUACAGAGUAAUCGGCAAGGUUAAUCAGAACAUUCCAUAUGUUGUCUGGGGAAGAAAUAAUAUUUUAUAGUUUCAAUUCUUUGCAGUUCUUUGGUUCGGUUCUCAAAACAUUUGCAACUUUCAGAACAGUGGAAAUUGUUGAUUAAAUUAAAAUUGAGAAUAUGUUGACAAAUCAAGUGUGUGAUGCUUUGUCACAGUGAGAGAAAUUGGAAAACUGCAGAACUAAAUAAAAAUGAUUUAUCUAUUU